CCCCUUUAGACUCCACCUUCAUUGAGAGAGAGGGGGAGAGAAACAGAGUUAGGGCACCAGCGUGCUGUAGCACUUUCAGAAGAGUUUCAUACGUGCCCCUGCUGCGCUCACAGCAUCUGCAGUGGACUCAGUCAGAGAACUCAGUUCUCACUGCUGAGAGUGAAAAUGCCAGUGAAAGUCACUAUGCAACUGGCAUGGCUCUGUGUUAUCACCUUGUCCUUGGCCAUCUACCCAGCGUGGCUGCAGAAGCCUCCCAAGAGGAGAACGACCAACGGGAACACCCAGCUCAAACUGAUGGGCUGCUGCGAUGAGAUGAAAGAGCUCAAGCUGCAAAUAGCCAACCUGAGCACCAUGCUGGGGUCGCUGAGCAAGAAGCAGGAAGACGACUGGGUGAACGUGGUUAUGCAGGUGAUGGAGCUGGAAGGGAGCACCAAGCAGAUGGAGUCCCGGCUCAUCGAUGCCGAGAGCAAGUACUCCGAAAUUAACAGCCAGAUAGACAUCAUGCAGCUGCAGGCAGCCCAGACGGUCACGCAAACCUCAGCUGAUGCUGUCUAUGACUGCUCAUCCCUUUACCAGAAGAAUUACAGAAUCUCCGGUGUUUACAAGCUGCCUCCAGAUGAAUUCUUGGGGAGCCCUGACCUAGAGGUGUAUUGUGACAUGGAGACAGACGGUGGCGGCUGGACCAUCAUCCAGAGGCGCAAAGUUGGCCUGAUCUCUUUCAACAGAGAUUGGAAACAAUACAAGGAAGGAUUUGGCAAUAUCCGGGGAGAUUUCUGGCUAGGGAAUGAAAAUAUCUAUCGGCUCUCCAGACGCCCGACCCUGCUGCGAGUAGAGCUGGAGGACUGGGAAGGCAACAUCCGCUACGCACAAUAUAACCAGUUCACCCUGAGCAACGAGUUGAAUAGCUACCGCCUUUUCCUGGGGAACUACACCGGCAACACAGGGCGUGACUCCCUAAGGUACCACAACAACACAGCCUUCAGCACCAAGGACAAGGACAACGACAAGUGCGUGGAUGACUGUGUCAAGUUCCGUAAAGGUGGAUACUGGUACAACUGCUGCACAGAUUCCAACCUGAACGGGGUUUACUACCGCAAAGGGGAACACACCAAAAACAUGGAUGGAAUCACCUGGUAUGGCUGGCACGGCUCAACCUACUCUCUGAAAAGAGUCGAGAUGAAGAUCCGCCCAGAGGAUUUCAAACCCUAGCGGGAAGCAACACUCAAUUGUAAAGCUACGGUGACACUGCUGCACUGAAGGGAAACAGCCUGGAAUCUCAAAACCAGCCAUUGAAACGGUUUACUUCAUCUAGAAAGUGUGCGACCACAAGGGCUACAUACACUGACUAUGCAUCACACAUUAGUUCCGAGGCAGACACGGGAGAGAGGAAAGGUACCAACAUUACUACGGCUCAGCUCAGUUCUCUCCUCUUAAGGCAUUCUCCCCCCAACAGGAUACACACUAUGUUAGAGUAGGCACAUCCUGCAGUAGCAGCAUCUUCAGGAAGGAUAUGUUGUGGUUACACUAGCACUGGGAUUUACAUGGUUGCCUUAUUAUUUGACCAGUUAGAGUUUAGGAAAAAUGCAGCGUUUACCCUCCUUUUUGCCAUCUCUGUAGUGUUUAGAUUCAUUGAGGGUGAAUACAAAUCUUGCCAAGGAAGGCAGUUUCUACCAAGACCCAAGAAACAGAGGAACGGGGCUUUUAUUUCAAACCCUUCAAACAUCUUAGAAAUAUCCACGAGAUGUUCCUCCAGUACAUGUUAAUUGGCCCAUUCUCCCCAUGCAGGAAAAGCUAGGUUGAAACUUUAGGCAAUUGCGUGUGGCACCUGCUCUUUCCUGAAGUCUCAUCACCACCUUCCGGCCACUAGUCACCCAUGCAAGACUAUACUCCCAGGGAGAGUGCUUUCUGAGAGAAACCUCAAGUCCCAUCUGCUCUAGGCUAUGUGGAGGUGGGAGAUCUAUACUAGAAAGCAUAUGAGGGACUGGGAUGCAACUCUCUGAGCUGCAAUGAACUGAUUUUCAACGUUACUAGUGUUCCUCUUGGAACACAGAAGGGCCAUUUUGUGCCACCUCAUCACACUAUCAGCAAGACCAGGAGCGAACAGGGAGCAAACGUAGCCAAAAGCCUUUUAACAUUGACACUGUAUUCCAAACCACAAGCGGGGCGGGGCAGGAGGGUGCGGGUCUUUUAAUAUUUAAUUGGAAAAAGGCAGG